AUGAGACAAAAUUUGCUUCUCACAUUUGCAUUACUACUCACCAUGCAUUGCUAUUCACUGGUUGACAAAGAAACAGUUGUGGUCAAGAAUGAUAUUUCAGGUGAAAACAUUACAAUCCACUGCUAUUCCUCAGAUGAUGAUCUUGGAGUUCAUACACUAGCUUAUGCAGCAAAUUUCACUUGGUAUUUCCAUGUGAAUAUUGGAGGAAGUACAAAAUUUUACUGUGAUCUAACGACUGGGCAUGGUUCUGGGAACUAUGGAGUUUUUGAUAAGAGAUUGGAGAAUCAGUGUGAUGACUAUUGUCUCUGGUUGAUAAAGGCAACCGGGCCAUGCCUGGUACAAAAGGUGAUUCGUGGCGAACUAUAUUGCCAACCCUGGAAGAAACCCCCUUACCAUAUCAAGGGUUUUGCCUCUUAA